AUGGAAAGCACUGUCAACGUACCUCCUGACUCAACUAACGAUAAACUAGAAAAUGUGACUCCUAAAACACCUGACAAAACAUGUACUGAUUUACAUCAUAAUAAUAACUCCAUUCCGACGUCGUCUACUGUUUGCAAAUCAAGUACGUAUCAUGGAGUUUAUUUACCCGAUGACGAUGGAUCCAUCCUUACUCCGGAACAUGCCUUUGUACAGUAUCAAACCCGGUCCGAAGAUCAAGCUUGCCAAAUUUGUGGUCAACCAGCAGUUGGUUUCCAUCAUCGUGCUUACGUAUGUGAAGCUUGCAAGAAAUUUUUCAUGCGGCAUACAGCUGCGAGAUUACGUAAUUCCGAGAUGGGAUCAACAGUCACCGAGUCGAUAUGUCCAAUGGGUGGAAGAUGUCGAGUUGAAGGUCCUGGCCGUGGUAAAUGCCCACAUUGUCGAUAUCGAAAAUGUUUAGACUUGGGAAUGACCCUAACACCUCCCGGUGGUGAAGCUGGCUGUGAUAUUUCCCAGAUACCUUGUCGUGUUUGCAGUGGUCCGUCUUCCGGCUUUCAUUUUGGUGCAUUAACUUGUGAAGGCUGUAAAGGUUUUUUCCGACGAACUGUUCUAUCCAAUGUACGCUUAGAAUGUCUAGGCAAUAAUGACUGUCCAAUUACACCAGCUAAUCGGAAUAUGUGCAAAAGUUGUCGAUUUCAACGUUGUCUAGCUGUUGGCAUGUCAAAAACUGGUAGUCGUAUUGGUCGACAGCCUAAUGCAAUUAAAUAUUAUUGUGCCCGAGAGAUUUCUCAAUUGACUAAUUCCAGCGACUGUGAAGCGACAACCAAUCCCUCUUCAAGUUCAAAUAGAAUUGAUACAACAACACGUCGUAAUUCGAUAAGUCAUAGUAGUACUAGCAGUAGUAAUACAACUCUGAGCAGUAACAUCAGUAGCCAUAAUAAUAAUAACAAUAACAGUAAUAAUAAUAAUAGUACUAAUAAUACGACCAAUCAUGAUCAUAACAAUAAUAAUAAUAAUAAUAGUAAUCACUGUAGUACCAUUAGUGAACAUGAUUUAUCGUCUAUGAAUGAUGAACGGUGUAAAUCAGGAAUUAGUCAAUCUCAUUAUCCAACUUCUAGUUGGCCAUCAGCUAAACGUAUAAUCUCUAACUCUGAUCGUAUUGGCAGUAGUAUUAGUUCAACAGUGUCAGCAACAGGAACAUCCAUAGUCUCAUCAAGUAUGCCUAGGACAACAACUACAACAACAACUGGUAUGAAUCCAUUCAGUGUACAUGGUCAUAAUUAUGCUGAAUCACACGGUGGGAGUAGUACAACAUUGAAAAAUGGAUCAAUGCCGUGUUCAUCACCAUCGUCGUCUUCAUCACCACAAGCAGGAUUAAAAAAUCAUAUAAAGUUUAAAACAGAAUCACGUGCACAGUAUCCUAAUCCACAAUCACGUCUUCAUCAUCCUCAACCGUCUCCUUCACAAAAUAGUUGUUGUAGUAACAGUAAUAGUAGUAUUAGCAGUAGUACUACUACUACUAGUAAUGGUGCUGUUCUCCUUCCUCCUGGUCAUUGUAAUUCACUUCUGCCUACAUCAUCAUCAGUUUAUUCUACAACUUCUUCUGCUUCUUCUACUACUAACGGUGGGGCAGAUUAUCUUCUAAAUGAAUGUUCAAGAAAUAUUAAACGACGUAAAACACUAUCCUCUUCUAUGGGAUCAGAGAUGAAUGAAAGUAAAAUUACAUCCUCAAAAUUCACACCGGUUAAUUCAACAUACAUACAUGAUAAUGAGGAUUAUGAUGACGUUGAUGAUGAAGGGUGUAAUACUAUGGGUCCAAAUGAUAGUGAACAUCUUGAUCAUCGUUAUCGUCAACGACACCAACCGUCUACUCCUCAUCCGUCUCAUCCUCCUACUCCUGCUUCUGCUCCUUCACAUCAUCAUCAUCAUCCCCAUCACCGCCAACACACUGAAGUGAUAAGUCCAACCGAUGAACAUCUGUAUGGUGUUAUCAAUUCAACUGGGACUACUGGUUGUGGUGAUGCUAUCAGUAGUAGCAGUAACACUAGUGAUGUUGUUUGUGGUGGAUAUGAUAAAAUUAAUGAUGUAAAAAUUAAUAUUAAUAACAACAAUAACAUCUCUGUAGAUAACUUUUCAUUUAUUGACCGAUCAAGGCAUUUAUUAAACCAGAUCAAAUUGCCUAAUGAUAAUAAUCAUAACAGUAAUAAUAGUAAUACUAAUAAUAACAAUGCUGAUCGUAGUGUUCUACAGCACUUACAAUUUAGAAGCUGUUCACUGGUGGAUAGAUCAUCUCCACUAGGUGGUGAAACAUCCUCAUUGAAUAAUCCGCAUGCAGUUAGUACACAUUUAAGUCAACCAUAUUUAAGACCAACACAAUUAUGUUUAUCAACUGCAAGACAUAUACCUGAAGAUGCUUCUUAUUCAUUACCUUAUCUAUCGUCUUCAUCAUCAUCAAUUACAUCUUGUCCACGUUCAUCUGUGAUCUCUGAUUACUCUGAUUUUAAUCAGCAAACAUCAACUGUUGAUAGCAGUAACAGUAACAGUAACAAUAAUAAUAACAUAUCCGAUCAAAUAUGGUUACCGAAACAUCGAUACAUUAAAUCUAGUCGUAGUCUACCAAAUGAGCAUACAAUUCAACCAAUUCUAUCUAAUAAUGGUAGUAACACUAAUAAUAAUAAUUGUUUAGAUACAAAUCCAUUAGCAUUUCUUAAUGGACGUAAUAGUGAUUCAAUUGGAUUAUCAGAAAGUGAACCUACAUCUACAACAACACCAUGGUUUGCUGCUGCUGCAGCAGCAGUGGCUGUUGUUAUGGCUGCAUCCCAGUCACCGUCGACAAAUCAAGCACUUGAUCCCUAUACAGUUUCGUGUAGUGUUAAUGAACACUUUGCUUUGAAUGAUAAUAAUAUUAAUUUGAAUCAAACAGAUUUGCAUAACUCUAGGCGUGUUCCAUUGAAUGUAACCAAUUUUUCAAAGCAGCGAUUCAAAAUGGGUCUACAUGAAACGCUGCUGCUGCUGCUGCUGUUGAACAAGGCUCAAGUCAGUGGAAGUAUGAUGAAAGUUGGAGGGAAAUGUGAAGCACCAGAUCCACUGCGCUCUUUGCAUUCAACACCAUCCUCAUUGUCUGAUGUUACGCAUCCUUCGACAAUGGCUGCUAUGCAAGCUGCUGCUGUAGCAGCUGCAGCCGCUGCCACAGCUGCCGGCCUCGUCCUAUCCAACAGUCGUGUUCGAGGCUUAUCCGAUGAUGUCUAUCCAUCAGGUUUAAAUCGUGCGAGCAUUGUAAAUUCAUUUCCUGAAUUGCCUAGCAGUUGCAGUUAUGCAUCGAGUACUUCAUCGCCAUCACCACCAAUCAUUGGGAAUUUUGGCAGGAUAAUUGAAAAUCUUGCAAUUUAUUCAUCUUCUUCUGAUCGUCAUUCAAUGCCUAGCAGUAAUUUAGAUUAUCCACCGGUAUCGUCAUCAUCAUCCUCGUCAUCGGGAGUUAAUAAUUACCCUAUGAAUAAUUCACUCGGUAAUACUGUUGUUCCAUCUGUUACACUCCCAGGGAUAUGUAGCAAAGAAGUUGGUCCACGUUUAAAGAAUGGCACUAGACCGAGUUCCAUAACGGUACAACAGUUUGCUGAACGUAUUCACACAGCUGCUAAGUAUAUGGUGUCUGAAAGGAAGAAUAUACGGAAUAACUUACCUCAACCGGUACGACCAAUGCAUAUGUCUGAUCGUGUUGAAGACAUUUGGAAUCAAAUGAUGAAGCAUUUUGAAACGCAUUCACGUUUCAUUGUACAGUUUGUUAAAUACAUUCCAGGGUUUUGUUAUUUAAAAAUCAGUGAUCAACGUCAACUUGUUCGCAGUGCUAUGUAUCCUAUUAUGCUGUUGGAACUUAGUCGAGAUUAUAUGAAUGAAGAUGGUUCACGGUAUAAUUAUUUUGAUUUCACUCCUGAAGAACAUGACGUUAUUCUUAGUCAUUUUCCAACGUUUCAUACAAUCUCUGGUCAUUUAAUACGUUCAGGGGAAUUUCUCAACAGAAUACGCUUAGAUAAUAUUGAAUUAACUUUGGUAUGUGCUCAGGAAGUAUUUAAAAAUCGUCAAGGUUUGGAUGAUCCUUUAACACCAGCCCAUUUAUAUAAUCUAGCUGGACAAGUUCUCGCUGAUCAUAUCGUUUCUAUGGGUCAUUCAUUGGAAGAACGACGUGCUGCAUUAUCUCAUAUUUCACCAAUGUUAGAAGAAUUAAAUGCAGAACAUCAUGAAGUACUUGCUCAAUUACGUCAGGAUAAACCACAUUUAGAUUUUCCCCAAUUAUAUCUUGAAAUGUUCCAGUUAACAGAGGAUGAACAAAGAGAACAGAAGUUAAAUAACUAUGAUGAUUCAGAUAUUAAUUAA